UGUCAUGAUGUUCGAUUAGACAUGAUAUUGAUAUCGAUGUAAACAACAAUGUGAUCGAGAGAUAAUGUAAUGCAUUGCAUGUUGCAAGGUCAAGAGGUCAAAUACGGCAUGUUACAUGUUCGUCAAGCGGGAGCGGAAAGGAUACAAUAAAGACUAUGAGACUCGUAAUACUUGUGUUGAAUUCCAUUUAUUCUAUAUCCUGGUUAGGAUAUGACAUUGGCGACGAGGAUGAAAGUCAUAUAGGACAAUUGUAGAUCUGUUUGAGAAGGAAAAUGGCGUUUGGAGGUGCAGAUAUCAAGGGACUUAGUCAGUUUGAUCCGACCGGAGACGCCAGUGUUGUGAGUGAAAGAUGGCAGCGCUGGUAUGAGGAGUUUGAUGCGUACGCAGAUAGCCUCGGUGUGUUUGUCGACGGGGCAGAGCCGGCGCAGUUGACUCGACGUAGAGCCUUGAUGAUGUACUCGGCUGGAGCGGCUGUGCGGGAAGUUUUCAAGACCCUUGAGGAUACUGGCACCAAGGCAGAUUAUGACAAGGCUGUGAACGCUUUGGAGAAGCAUUUUGUUGUGCAGUCAAAUUCUACCUUUCAACGUCAUGUUUUCAGACAGAUUACUCAGCAGGCGGAUGAGACUGUGUCGCAGAUGGUGACACGGCUUAAGAAGGCAGCAGAAGGCUGUGCUUUCAGAGAUGAUUUGGAGAACCAGAUUCGUGAUCAGGUCGUUCAAGGGUUGCGGUCGUCUAGACUGCGAAGGAAACUUUUGGAAAAGGGUACUGCACUCACCCUAACUGCAACCUUGGCGAUAGCAGCGUCACUUGAGGCCGUGGAGGCCAUGGAUUCUCAAUUCAGAAUACUGUCAUCGGUGGACGAGUUUCCUAACCCUAGUUCCCAGAUCCGUCAGGUCAGUAAUGAAACCCGUGAAUGCUUUAAUUGUGGGAGAACUGGGCACAGUUAUAAGGACUCGACAUGUCCAGCCAAGGGACGGAUAUGCCACACAUGUGGGAAAAAGGGACACUUCGCCACAAAGUGCAGAGAUGGUUCAGGGAAGAAGGAGCAGACAAGUGGACCAAACGUUAAACCUAGAGGAAAAUGGGGACAGAAAAGGCAAGGUCACAAAGUGCGACAAGUGGAUGAAUGCACAUGUCACUGUCAGAAUAAGCAAGGUGAUGAACAGAAUCAUAGUGAUGAUAGUGAGAGAGGAUAUGCAUUCGCUAUUGAUACUGACAAGUGUGAAAAGGUGCCUGUUGUGAUUGGAGGAGUACCAGUUGAUAUCAUAGUAGAUUCUGGAACCACCGCGAAUAUCAUUGACAGAGCAUUAUGGGAGUUCCUGAAGACAGAGAAAAUUACAUGCUCAUCCCGAAGGUGUAACAAAAAGAUCUAUCCGUAUACUUCUGUAGAGCCACUCCAGACCAUUGGAUGUUUUAAAGCUGUGGUCACGGCAGGUGAGAGAAGUGUAGAAGCUGAAUUUGUUGUCAUUGCAGAGAAAGGCGAACCACUGAUGAGUAGAAAAACGGCAUUAGCCCUUGGUGUGCUACGGAUCGGGAUAGAUGUGAACUCUGUGAAAUCAUAUGUAGAUAUGAGAGAAGAAUUCAAGCCAGUAUUCCAAGGCGUUGGAAAACUGCGUGAUCGACAAAUCAAGCUGAAAGUUGAUCCCGAGAUUAGACCUGUAGCCCAGCCAGUUCGAAGAACACCAUUCGGUUUGAGAGACAGAGUGAAGGAGAAGAUCCAGGAACUAGUCGAGCAAGACAUUAUAGAGCCUGUGGAAGAACCUACACCGUGGGUUAGUCCUGUAGUCAUAGUACCCAAGCCUAAUGGAGAUAUCCGGAUAUGCAUUGACAUGAGGCGGGUCAAUGAAGCCAUUGUGAGGGAGAGACAUCCGAUACCGACAGUGGAUGAAAUACUCCAAGAGUUGUCAACAAGCAAGGUGUUCUCAAAAAUUGAUCUAAAAUGGGGAUAUCAUCAGUUGGAGUUAGAUCCUGAAUCCCGAAAGUUGACCACGUUUGUAACACAUUGCGGACUAUACCGUUACAAGAGAUUGUUAUUCGGUGUGAAUGCAGCACCUGAGAUCUAUCAGCACGAGAUCCACAAAGUGCUUCAAGGACUACCUGGUGUUGCAAACAUUUCUGAUGACAUCAUCAUUCAUGGUGCCACGCAGGAAGAGCAUGAUGAGAGGCUUCGACAGACCUUGACACGAUUGAAAGACGCAGGAUUAACGGCCAAUGCAGAAAAGUGCCUGUUUGGUGUGUCCGAGUUAGUAUUCAGGGGACACAAGUUGACCAAGGACGGCAUCAAUCCCACCAAGGCCAAGAUUGAGGCUGUAGCAAACGCAUGUGAGCCAAUACGAAGUACGCUCUUACCAGCUGGUCCAUGGGAGGAUGUCGCAGUAGAUUUUUUGGGACCACUACCAUCUGGUGAAUCAAUUCUAGUGAUCAUUGACUAUUACAGUAGAUAUUAUGAAUAUAUUGUGAUGCGAUCUACAACAGCAGAGAAGACAGUGGCAGCUCUAGCAGGGAUCUUCGCAAGACAUGGUUUGCCACUAACCCUGUAUUCUGACAAUGGGCCUCAAUUUAUCUCGCAAGUCUUUGCAGACUAUAUGAGGCUGACAGGUGUACACCACCAUAGGGUUACACCCAAGUGGCCUCAGGCAAAUGGUGAGGUUGAGCGACAGAACCAAUCCCUCGAGAAGAGAAUGAGAAUUGCUCAUUCAGAAGGCAAAGACUGGAAGGAGGCGCUUCUGUCAUAUGUUGCAGCAUACAGGGCUACACCACAUAGCACAACAGGUAAAAGCCCAGCUGAGCUACUCUUCGGACGGAAGAUCAGGACAAAGUUACCUGUUAUCAGUGAAUCUCUAAAUGACCAAGAGAUCAGAGACCAGGACGCUGAGAGCAAAGGUGCAUCGAAACUGUAUGCAGACUCUAAGAGGGGUGCCAAACCAUCUGAUGUGGUGCCAGGAGAUGAAGUUCUGGUGAGGAGGGAAGUGUCUAGCAAAAUGGACACACCAUUUCUACCACAACCAUACACAGUUGUAUCCAGAGAGGGCAACAAGCUGAACAUUUGCUCACCAGAAGGUGUGAUGUAUGCUAGGAACACAUCACAUGUGAAGAAGUAUCAUCGACAGGGUAUACUGCAGCCGGAAGCUGAGACUACAGAGGCCCAGGUUCCACUCUACCAUGGUGUUGGUGCUGAAUUGAUAACACCGCAGUCUGAUGUCGAGACUACUAGUGACAUAGGAAUACUGCAGCCGGAAGCUGAGACUACAGAGGCCCAGGUUCCACUCUACCAUGGUGUUGGUGCUGAAUUGAUAACACCGCAGUCUGAUGUCGAGACUACUAGUGAUCAGAGCCAACAUGAGGGGACUGAGCGUCAGAUGGGAGUUCCGAAGACCGUACCAUCACCGACCCAGACAUCAAUUUGGAGCAGACCAAAACGCCAUCGUUUGAGGCCCAAGCGAUUUUCUGAUUAUUUGUUGGAAUGAAGGUUCGGUGGAAACAGCCAUCUAGUAUUGUGACGCGAAGUGUUCAACCAGUAAAAGUGACACAACAAAGUUUUUCAGUCAUUUGAAUGUUUGAGUGUUAAAAUGUUUCACAAAGAGUUCAAGUGCUAUUUUAGCAAGUACAUAGGGUGUAUGCCUGUACGCUGCCCUAUAUUUAACGGAAUGUUCACUAUAUAAGGGUGUAUGCCUGUACGCUGCCCUAUAUUCAAUGAAAAGUUCAGUAACCGGGUGUAUGCUUGUACGCUGCCCUAUUUGAAGAAGAAGAAAAAAUUUUGGGUGAAUGCUUGUACGCUGCCCUGAGUUAAAGUGAUUAAUUAGUGAAAUUUAAACCAAAAAAAAAAUGAGAGAAGAAAAGGGUGCAAGCUAGUGCCAAGAGAAACGUGGGGAUUCAUCUCAAAGCAAACUCUCAAGUUGUUAGCUGACUUUGAAGCUCAAGUGAAAGACUAGCAGCUGAAGAAAGGACAUUAUAAGAUUAAUUAUAAUGAGAACUCUAAAAUGUCUCAUGACAGAUCUGAUCAACAUCCAACCCAGAGAUGAAUAUUGAGAACUCUAAUGCAUGCGUCUUAUGAAAGACUCAUAUUAUAAACAAACAGAGACUUUAUAGUUAAAGCAGUUUGAUAUGUCAGUCAAGUAGUUAAAUGAAGUGAGUUGAUCAUACACUGCAUAUAUUGUAAUGUCAAGUUGUUUGAAUAUUCAUUUCAUGAUGUGUAUGAUGAGAAAUGUAUAAGUUCUGAAUUGGGAGUUCAUUGUUUUAAAAACAAAAAACAAUGUGUGUUUGGUUGAAGUUCAAGUUCAAUAGUUCGAAGUCAAGUAAUACACGAGUCGUUAUUAGUAUGAAAACAAACAAACGAUAUUUGGAUAUCGAUGUGGUCAAUGGAAAAGUCACAUACAUGUAUUAUAUUGAUACAAACAGUUCAAAACUUAUUGCAUGCUAAAACAAGUUUUGAAAUCAGGGUUCAUGAUUAUUCAUUGAAGUAAAAUGGAAAAGAUAUCUUUUAAUCUGAUAAGGGAGGGAUGUCAUGAUGUUCGAUUAGACAUGAUAUUGAUAUCGAUGUAAACAACAAUGUGAUCGAGAGAUAAUGUAAUGCAUUGCAUGUUGCAAGGUCAAGAGGUCAAAUACGGCAUGUUACAUGUUCGUCAAGCGGGAGCGGAAAGGAUACAAUAAAGACUAUGAGACUCGUAA